AUGGGUACACACAAAUCUAGUAUGUAUAAUAUUUGCGUUAUUAACUUAAAAUAACAUAGUUCGUUUUUAAUUUCUGUAAUUUAUAUUUUAUUUAGAUAAAGCAAAACACCGUAGAGCAUUUGUGAAAUGGAAAAAUGGUUUGUGAUUUACUUGUUAAGCAUCCAUUCAAAUUUAAUACGUUUAAAAUUAAUUUAGCUAAUAAUUGGUUUAGCAUAAUUAAAUUUGUUAAUUUUUAGGACAAAAAAUACAAUCUAAACAAGAAAAAAAUGAUAGAAAAGCUUCUGAACCAAAAAAAUCUGUGAAUGUACCUGAAACACUUCCUGCAGCCCCUACAUUAGCAGAAUUUGUGAAGAAAACUCAAACAAACAUAGCUGAAUUUGUUGAAGUUGAUGAAGUAGAGGAAUCUGGUUAUAAAAAUGUCGUUAAAUUGGAUAAUAAAACUUUUAAAGAUGAAUUUAGAAAAGUAUUAUAUUUUAUUUGUAUAAAGUAAUAAUUUUUAACAUAUAUUAUAUAAAUUAUUUAUUUUCUAGGUAGUUACUGCUGCUGAUGUAGUUUUAGAGGUAGUAGACGCACGUGAUCCAUUAGGUACAAGAUGUAAACAAGUAAUAGAAUCAGCUCAAGACUUGGGGAAAAAAGUUGUUGUUGUAUUGAAUAAAACAGAUCUAGUUCCAGCUGAAGUAGUUCGUAAUUGGCUGUCUUAUUUUAGAGGAAGAUUAGGAACUCCAGCUUUACCAUUUAAAGCUAGCACUCAACAGGCAGGUUCGCGAAUUGGCCACAGGAGAAUGAACAAAUGUAAAAAAGAUACAGACAAAGCUAUAAGCUUGUGUGUUGGUGCAGAAUUAGUUAUGACACUUUUGGCUAACUAUUGUCGUAGUGACAAAAUGAAAACAUCAAUUGUAGUAGGUGUUGUAGGUAAAGUAAAACGAACAAUUUUAAGUUAAUCUAAAUAGUUACAACUAUUAAUUCCAUGUAUUUCAGGUAUGCCAAAUGUCGGUAAAAGUAGUUUAAUUAAUAGCUUGAAAAGAGCAAGAGCAUGUCAAGUUGGAGCUAUUCCUGGUGUGACUAGGUAUUGCAAUAAAAUCUUAUUUAAAAUAAAUAAAAAUAUGAGAGCAUUAAAAGUUUAUUAUCAUUAUCAUAAACCAUUUUAAUAUGUUUUGUGUAAUCAGUGCAAUUGGUACAAUAUUAUUGAUUGAAAAAAAUACAAUUAUUCAUAUAAUUUUAUCUUUUGGAUUCCGUAUUUAUUGAUACUUUAUUUUUACUUCAUAAUUAAGAAAUGGUAUUAAUUUUGUUUUUAGAAACAUGCAAGAAAUUCAGUUAGAUAAACAUAUCAAAUUACUGGAUUGUCCUGGUGUAGUAUUAGACAAAACUUCCACUACAAAUAGUGUAGCUUUAAAGAAUGUUGUGAGUUCUGGAAGUAUUGAAGAUCCUAUUGCUUGUGCCAAUACAAUUGUGAGCCGUGUGACUAAAGAUCAGGUAAAUUAAUUCUGAUUAGGAAUAAAAAACCAAUGUUUACCAUUCUAUGUUUUUAAUAUCCUAAUUUUAAAACUAAGUACCUACGAGAUUAUAAUAUCAAUAAAAAAAGAUAUUUUUUAAACCACUUUAAUAAUUUAUAAACACAUUAACCACUUAAUAUAAUUGUGUUCAAAUUUUUACUUGUUAUACUUUCUUGGAGUUUUCUAUAUUAUUGAUUCUAGAUGCAAAAAUUGUAUGGGAUUGGACAAUAUGAUUCUUGUGAACACUUCUUAUACUUAAAAGCUAGAAGAUUUGGAAAUAUUGGCCGUGGUGGGAUUCCUGAUAUAUUUACAUCAGCUCGCAGUUUGGUUGAAGAUUGGAAUCGGUUUGUAACAAAUAUUUCAAUAAUUGUUGAUAGAGAUGGGAACUAUAUGCACUCAAAGGUGUUAAAUAUGCAAAGCAAAAGUGGUAAAACACACACUUAUACAUUUAAAAAUCUUAGGUAUAGGUACCAGUUAAAAAAAAAACAAUAAAUAAACAUUAAUUGUUAGUAUCUGUACAACAUACAGAACUCAUUUAUUUUCAAGUAUUUUGUAUUAUCAAAUUAUCAAUAGAAUAAACUAAAUAAAUCUUAAAGUAAACUAUGAACAAAUUAUAUUAAAUUAUUCAUGUAUGAGUGUUAUACCAAUUAACAAACAUUCAUAACAAAUAACAAUAUAAACAUGUAAAAGCUACAGCAAUGACACUGUUCAUCAUAAGUCAUAAUAACAACCAUAUAAUUAUUUCUUUGCAAUCCUGAACUAUGUUACACAAAAACAAUUAUUUGUUCUGAAUUAAGAAAUAUUAUUUUUGCUAACCAAAACAUUUUUCAUAAAAAAUUUUUAUUAGUUGUUAAUCAACAUAUUCAUUCUUAUUUCUAUUAUAAACCAUUGGAUUAUUUAAAUUUUAAAAGAUAAAAUAGUUAAUUUAAUUUACUAAGAGUGUAUACAAAAUUAGUAAAUUAUAUCCUUUAAUAACAAAAUAUGCAAAAUAAAUAUUGGUUUAUGAAAUCAAUUUGAUUUGAAACUUUCACAUUUCAAAUCCUUAUGUUUGUGCAUACAUUCAGUAUAAAUAUAUAAAUUUCAAUCUUUAAUUAUUAGUAUAAAAUUAUACAUUUUGUGUUUUUAGAGGUAAAAUAAGAUAUCAUACCCUACCACCAGAGGAUGACAAUGUUCACUUAAGUGCUCAAAUUGUAAACGAUGUAACAGAUGUUUUUAAUUUGGAUAAUGUUCAACGAGUUGAAACAGAAUUCAUGGAAGAAUUGGCCAAACUACAACCAGAAUCUACAGGUGAAGGAGUACAAACAGAUUCAAUGGAUGUAGAUGGCAAGUCAAUGGUCGUAGUUGAUGAUGGUGUUCAAACAAAAAAAUCAGGAAAAUUGCGGUGGAGAAGAAAGAAGAAAUCUGAUUCUGCAGAAACUAAAAUAGAUAUACAACCUGGAAUUUUAAAAUUGAAAAAAUUACAAAAAUCAAAUGCUAAGAAAAAGCGUAAGACUGCAGCUAGAUUGGAAAAAUGUGAAAAUCUCUUGUCCAGUUUUGAGUUAUAG